CAACAUAUAUACCAAGAGUAAAACCAUAUUUACAUAAAGAAAGAAAUAUGGCAAAAAGUGAGAUGAAAAGUGUUAUCAUGAUUAUGAUGAUAAUGCUUAUGUUGGUUUUUGCACAAGCUAAUCAUUCUCUUACACCUAAGGCUACAAAAAAUGACAUCCCUUGUCUUGUGACGUGUGGUUUAGAAUGUGCACCUCUAUUGGGAGAUCCAAUAAAGUAUGGAGCAUGUAUGGCUCUCUGUCAAUUGUUUUGCGGUAAAAAGACAUCCCAAGCUACAUAUGUUUGUACUAGAAGCUGUACCUAUUCAAAACUCAAUAAUAUUAAUACAGAUGUUCGUGAAAUCAAGGCAAUCGUAGAUUCAUGUUUGAAAACUUGCUCGAAUAAUAUGUAAUAAUCAAUAAGUCAGAAAUAAUAAAUUGUGUUUACCGACUAAGACAG